UGUGGCAAAAAGAAGGUCUGGCUGGAUCCCAAUGAGAUCAACCAGAUCACCAAUGCCAACUCUCCUCAGAAAUACAGCGAACAGAUCAAAGACAGGCUGAUCUGGAAGACUGUGAUAGCAUCACGGGCAUGAUGCCAGAAAAACAUCGUGGCUCGAUGGAAGGGCAGGCAUGUGGGCAUAGAGAGGCAGAAAGGUACUGCCAACACUUGGGUGCCUGAGAAGGUGGCCUGGAUGAGAAGAAUGAGGAUCCUGCCCCUCCUCCUCAGGAGAUAUCAUGAAUCUAAGAAGACAGACUGCCAUAUGUAUCACAACCUGUACCUGAAUAUCAAAGGGAAUGUGAUCCAAAACAAGCAGAUUCUCAUGGAACACAUCCACAAGCUCAAGGCAGACCAGGCCCACAAGGAGCUCCUGGCUGACCAGGCUGAGGCUCACUUGUCUAAGAGCAAGAAAGCACUGAAGCACCAGGAUGAGGGGCUCCAGGCCCAGAAGGAAGAGAUUAUCCAUAUUCUGUCCAGGCAGGAAGGGCGAAGAAAUAAAGCUGCCUGUGUCUGUAUAUAG